CCAGGACACACUGUGUUGGAGAACUAUGUUUCUAUGACUCAAAGGAGAAGGGACGGCGGGGAGAAUGUCAACCCUCAACUGGAAGCCCUUCGUGUAUGGAGGACUGGCCUCCAUCACAGCAGAAUGUGGUACAUUUCCAAUUGAUUUAACCAAGACACGACUCCAGAUUCAAGGCCAAACGAAUGACUCCAAGUUCCGAGAAAUUCGGUAUCGAGGAAUGUUGCAUGCUUUAGUGAGGAUAUGCAGAGAGGAAGGACUAAAAGCACUGUAUUCAGGGAUUGCCCCAGCUAUGCUGCGCCAAGCUUCAUAUGGCACCAUCAAGAUAGGCACCUACCAGAGCCUGAAGCGGCUAUUUGUGGAUCGGCUUGAAGAUGAAACUCUACUGAUAAAUGUGGUGUGUGGAAUUCUCUCCGGAGUCAUAUCCUCAACCAUUGCUAAUCCAACUGAUGUUUUGAAAAUACGGAUGCAGGCACAGAGCAACACCAUGCAAGGUGGAAUGAUUGGAAACUUUAUCAACAUUUAUCAACAAGAGGGAACAAGAGGAUUGUGGAAGGGUGUGUCCCUGACUGCUCAGAGGGCUGCUAUUGUUGUUGGAGUGGAGCUUCCUGUCUAUGACCUCACCAAGAAGCACCUCAUUCUCUCAGGCCUGAUGGGAGAUACUGUAUAUACCCAUUUCCUCUCAAGCUUCACCUGUGGCCUCGCUGGGGCCCUGGCAUCUAACCCUGUGGAUGUUGUAAGAACACGAAUGAUGAAUCAAAGAGUCCUUCGUGAUGGCAGAAACUCUGGCUAUAAGGGGACCCUGGAUUGCCUGUUACAGACAUGGAAGAAUGAAGGGUUUUUUGCUCUGUAUAAAGGGUUUUGGCCAAAUUGGUUGAGACUUGGCCCUUGGAAUAUCAUCUUCUUUGUGACAUAUGAGCAGUUGAAGAAACUGGAUUUGUGACAAGUCAAGGCAGCAUUGGGCCAUUUCUCUGAGAAAUGCUGCCUUUUGGAAUAGUAACACUUCAUGCAUUUCACACUGCUUCUCACUGCUUCGCUGGUCGGAUUGAGAGGUGUGAGCCACAGAGGAAGACUGGGUUAGUGCCAAUCGCUGUGUGAGGACAUUGGACCUGGUAUCCAUGGCCUGGCAGCAUCACCGUCACAUCCAGACUAGUCCUUACCGUUAAAGUGCCCUUCAGUAUCAGAGAUCACAUGUGAAGUUCAUGCUUCUUUCUUACUGAAGAAAACUUUCCAGAAGAUCAGGAGCUGUGCUUUUGUUGACUUCUGGGGAGAGCAGAGCCUCAUAUACCUCAGAGUGUCACUGAGAAUGCAGACUGUCCUAGAGAAGUCCCAGCAGAACUGGGGAAUAGCAGCAACCUCAAUAAACCUGAUUUUAUUGUAUCGGCACUGG